ACAAAGCAAGUCAUUUCCGCACCAGGUUUCUUAAAACCAUGAAGCAGCUUCCUCCGGAUACCGUGCGGUUGCUGUCCAGCUCCCAGGUCAUCACAUCUGUGCUGAAUGUUGUCAAAGAGUUGAUGGAAAACUCCCUGGAUGCUGGAGCUUCAAGCAUUGACAUCAAACUGGAGAACUAUGGUUUUGACCGGAUUGAAGUGCGUGAUAACGGACAUGGAAUCAAAGCUGCAGACACUCCUGUGAUGGCCGUGAGACAUUUCACCUCAAAGAUCUGCAGCCACGACGACCUGGAGCGUCUGGAGACGUACGGCUUCAGAGGAGAGGCGCUGGGCUCCAUCUGUGCAGUGGCAGAGGUGUCUGUCAUCACAAAGACAGAGGAGGAUGACAUCAGCACUCAGUACACCCUUAACUUCACGGGAGGGGUUGUUUCUCAGAAGCCGUCUCACUUUGGCCAAGGCACCACAGUGAGCGUCCUGAAGCUUUUCAAGAAUCUUCCGGUGAGACGUCAGUACUAUUCCUCGACCAAAAAGUGCAAGGAGGAGCUGAAGAAAGUGCAGGACCUGCUGAUGGCCUACGCUGUGAUAAAGCCUGACCUGAGACUCACACUCGUUCACAACAAGGUGGUGGUUUGGCAGAAAGCCAAGGUGGCCGAUCACAGAAGUGCCCUCAUUGCCACGCUGGGACUCGGCACCGUCUCCAACCUGGUCGCUUGCCAUCAUCACCAAGAGCAACCAGAGAUUGUUUUAGAAGGCUUUUUCCCAAAGGCUGGAGCGGAUUACUCUUCAACAAGUUCAUCUAACCCUGACAGAACAUUUAUAUUCAUCAACAACCGGCCUGUCCACCUUAAAGAGUUAAUGAAGUUGCUACGUCAACGCUACGCUGCUCAGUAUCCUGAUGACUCAGCCAGAAACCGCUAUCCCACCCUGAUGCUCAAAAUCACAGUUUCCCCCUCCUCGGUGGACGUCAAUCUGACACCAGACAAGACCCAGGUUCUUCUUCAAGACAAGGAUGCUGUGCUGACUGCAGUCGAGGCAUUUCUGGUUUCCCUCUAUGGCUAUCGACCAAGCGUUGAAUCCCAGGUGGAGAAGCAGCGUGGCCAGGAGACGUCUCCCUCGCCAUCCAGUCCUCUGCAGACUGAUGUUUCACGAUCGGACAAUGAACAAAGUGUCACCAACCACAAUGGUAACUUCCUCAAAGAAACACCUAAACAUAGUGACACAGCGGUAAGAACUGAUUCUGCACUCCACUGCCGGACCUCAAAUGGCAGCUCCUCAUCCUCCGUAGCCGAGGAUUGGAUCAUAAACCAGAUCCCAGUCGAGCUUGAGGCUAACUUUUCUCUGUGUGAUGAUCAGAGCUGCACUCAGACAGAUUCAGCGAUCAGAUCCCCUGAGAGGCUCGAGGACCAUAACAUGUCAGGCUCAGACACGAACAAUGACCAGUUAUCAGCUGAGGCGUGGAGCCGGGGGACAGCUUUGACAGCCCCGGGAUCAGGAGAACCUCUGCAGCCCGUUCAAAUCCAUCAACCCUCAAAGGGCAAUCUCUCUGACUCAGCUGAGGUGAAGGGUGAGAGCAGCUCAAACAAAAAGAUGAUCAAUGCCAUAACUGAGAAGCGGGCCGCUUUGACUGCCUACGACCUGAUCAGCAACCGCGCCAUGAGGGCACCGCUGUCUCCCGCUGCCCUUUACGAGAAGGAGGUCAGAGCGGAGGUCCUGAGGGAGAAACCCACAGCCAGCCUGCAGGAUAUCAGCGUCACCGUGCAGGAGAGGUGGAAAAAUCUGAGGGAGGAAGAACGUAAGAAGUAUGAAGACAAGGCUCAAAAACACCUUGACCAACACGACCAAAGGACCAAGUUGGCCUCCGCUGAAGGUCCCAAAGAGACGAGCAGGAUCAUCCAGGGAGGCCAAGCACAGGGCCACAAACGUAAAGCUCCACUGUCCAACCAGCAGCUGCUGGAUGAGCUCUUCUCCACCCAACCUCAGAAGAAGGCGAGGAAUCCUGCGCCAAAGCCGUCGCAGCCCCUCCCCUGCAGUAUGGCUGCCCUUCGGCUGCAGCUUCAGCGCCUUUCAUCCCAGAGCGACGCAGUGCCGCGGGGCCUCCGUCUUGUAAACCGGCUGGCCUCUCAGAGCGCCUGGGUCAUUUUAUGUGGUCAGAGGCUCAUGUUGUUAAACCCAUUUCGAGUGGAGGAGGCCUUGCUGUUUAAGAGACUUCUAGAGAAUAAUAUACUUCCAGCAGUGAGUCUGCAGAACCCUAUACAGCUAACAGAUGGAAGUCUCGGAGGAGCUGAAUAUACCGAGGCUUUGUGCAACAUGGAGAAACAAAACCCUGAUCUAAAUGGAGGAGCUCAUUUCUCCGAUCCCAGGCUCGUGGCUAAUGGGUUCAAAAUCAAACUCACUCCAGGCCUCGCGUCAGCAGAGAGACAUCUGGAAGUGACAGCGAUGGCAGACUGCGUGCCUUUCCUCGGUAUAGAGGACCUCAGGGAGAUCCUGACUGCAGUUCUUCACAAGAAGGCCCGGACUGUGCAAGAGUGCCGGCCACUCAAAGUCACAAACUACCUACAAGGUGAAGCAGUACGGCUUGCACGUCAGUUGCCUACUAAUUUAUCCAGGGAGGAUGUGGAGGAAACCCUCCAACGGAUGGAACAGCAGCUCGGUGAUACAAACCAGACCUGCAUCCACGGGCGACCUUUUCUCCAUCACCUUUCUGACAUCCCCUCUACAGACCAGGAAGCUAAAGCUCUGCUCAGGCCUUUAGAGCUGUAAGACACUUUGAUUUAAAAAAACAGCAGUGUUUCCAUACGGCUUUAAUGAUGUUCAACCUUGAUUCAAAGAGAACCUCAAAUAAAAAUAUAAUGUGUGCACAUCUCAAUCAA